AUGCGGCUCAGUAUUGCGAGACGGGCUUCUCGUGGCUCCGUGAAGCGUCCACCGACUAUUCCGUACACGGCCUCCUCGCCGUUUGUUGCUAAUCUGGAGAAGCGGAAGGGGGUACGGUCUUUGAAGGCAGUGAGCCUCGUGUCACGUGUGGCAUCGGCCGUGUUGCAAAAGAUAAUUCCAACUUCCCAUACCCCACCAAAGUAUGGCGAAAUUCUCCGAGAGGUGCCCUAUCAUGUCCAAAACCGUGUCGUUGCCUUCUUUUCGAUCCACUCAAGUUACUGCGAUCAUGUGUUUGGCGUGGCUCAUGGACAGUGCAUCCGAUUUACCCGGGGACCAUGGAUGAAUGAAGUGGCGAUCGUCGUGGGCGUGCGUGGCGGCAUCCUUUGGAUCCUGAGCCGUGGCGGCCCCGAAGUGGCACACCCCCUUUACGACAUAGAGCAGCAUGCGUGGAACAAGGUGGAGCCAGAUUCCGCGCUAUUGGUGCGGUUUCGCGAGGGACUUGAGGAGGCACGGAAGGAUGUAGAAUUGGACUACAACCCAGAGCAACGGGAAUUCCUGCAGAGGGCACCAGAUCUGUAUGCGGAGGUCGUGGACGAUGAUGUUGACGGGGGAGAGGAGCUUGAUACCACAGAGUUGGGAUGGAACAGUCCGAGCGCCGGUGGUAUUGCGGGCGACGACGGCGUUGGCCAUGUCGACGAGGGCGAGUCCUCACGUGCCCCUCCGAAUAUCGUUGGAAAUGAGACGACAAAUAACACCAAUAGGAAUGGCGGGCUGUCCACUGCGAAGAGCCGCAUUAUUCUUGUGCCACAGCUACUGCAGGUUACGGAUGACCUUGGCUGGGCAGGGGAAGGCGUCGUGACGGUUAAUGGAGGCGGUGUGAAGUCCUUUUCUGCUUCCCUCUCCGCCUCGGUGUUGUUGUGA